AUGAACAUGCGCGACGCGGAGACGGGCGAGAUGAUGUGGGAGAAGCACGCGUGGCCUUCCGCGUGGCGGAGCGAGGAGGUGGAGGCGCGCAUUCCCGCGGACGUCAUGAAUCGCGCGGCGGUGAGCCGAGAGAUGACGUUCUCGUCGGCGGCGGCGAUCGACGACUUCAGGUUGCGACAGCGCGUCUACCUCGGCGAGCACUGCAUCGAAGAGUGGGACUUCGACUUCGGGUUCGUGAUCCCGGGCAGCGUCAACACGUGGCAGACGACGAUCGAGAGCGCGGGCGAGGGCGCGAUGUUAGACCCGACGCAGAUAAGCGGAUUAGUGUGCAUCGAGACGAGUUUUUUGGACGGCGACGUCGUCUUCAACAAGAGCGUCGUUCGCGUGUAUUAUGAGCAGUACGACUAG